GUUAAUAAUUGUCGGCGCAGGUCCCUGUUUGCUUGUACACAAAAUAAUUUUUUGUACAGCAUUUGUUGAGAAAAUUUUCCAAAAUUUUUAAAUCCGAUUAUAAAAAAAUGGUGAAGAGCACACCAAAAGAAACUGGCUUCGUUGUGGAAAAAAUUGUUGAUAAAAGAAUAACGCCGGAGGGUAAAGUUGAAUAUUUUAUAAAAUGGCGCGGUUAUCCCAACUCAGACAAUACUUGGGAGCCGGAAGAGAAUUGUGACUGUCCAAAACUAAUGCAGAAAUUUGAAGAAUCAAGAGCUAAAUCUAAGAAACGUGGUGAAAAGAAACCCAAGGUAGAGGAGAUACAAAAACCCCGUGGCUAUGAACGGGGCUUACCCAUAGAACAAAUUGUGGGAGCCACUGACACAAAAGGUGACAUUUUCUAUUUGGUGAAAUGGCAGUUUUGUGAUGAAUUCGAUCUAGUAGCCGGUUCAGAGUUAAAACAAAAGAACCCUGAAUUUAUAAUCGAUUUCUAUGAAAAACGCUCUAUUUAUCAACGAAAUAUAAAUGACCGUCUACUAGGUGUGCCUGACGAAUUAAGAAUCUUAAAUGCCGACGGAAGUAUGGGAUUAUCUAGCGGUCCUGCUAUAACGGAUGCGGCUGCAGAUACGGUAGAUAUCACCAUGCAACAGGAUUUGAACGAAAGUGGAAAUAGCGUUGACAGCAAUGCAGUUUCAUAUUCCAUACCAGUACCAGGAGUUGGUAACAUUGCCAUCGACGUACCUAUGAUACAACCUGGUGUAUAAUGAAAAUUUUUUUCUUUUAAUUUCUUAAUCUUAUGAUAAAAAAUAAACAAAAUGUGUGGCAUGAAUUUCUUUAA